AUUCUUCGUGAAGAACAGCUUACCUCGGAUGGAGGUGUUGUAAAAUUGGUGACAAAGGAAGGAGUUGGAGAGUGUCCCAAAAAGGGAUACAAACUUAAGACUCACUAUACUGGAAGAUUGCUCAGUGGAGAGAAAUUCGAUAGUUCACGAGAUCGGAACGAGCCAUUUGAAUUUGAACUUGGAAGAGGUCAAGUGAUAAAGGGCUGGGAUAUUGGUUUUGCUUCCAUGAAGCCUGGAGAAAGCCAUCUUAAGAAUCAAGCCAGAGUAUGGAUACGGCUCUACGGGAGCAGGAUCGAGCAUUCCUCCAAACUCGACUCUGGAAUUUGAUGUGGAACUUCUCAGCUACGAAGAAAAUAUCAAUAUCAAUGAUAUGACUUAUCAGCAACGUAUCGAUGAGGCAACGAAGUUAAAAGAUCUGGGAAACGAAGCUUUUAAGAACAAAGAUUACGUGGUUGCCUGCUCAUAUUAUGACAAAGGUAUUCCCUACCUUCAUUUUGCCUUUCCGUUCUUAAAGGAAAAACACAUUGUUGAAGGGGAAGAAGGCCAUGAGGAAGAAAUGGAGAAAGGCGCUGAGCUGUCUCACGCCUUGCGAACCAACAAAGCGCUGUGCUAUCUGAAAAUGAACGAUUUCCAUGCCGCGAUUACGGAGUGCACGACCGUCUUGGAGAAGCAGCCAGAGAACGUGAAAGCUUUGUAUCGACGCGGUGUGGCACACGGCAAGUACGGAAUGCUCGCUGAGGCAGUGCAAGAUUUGGAAGCCUGUCUGAAGGUGGAUCCUGAGAAUAAAUCGGCGAGCACGGAGCUGGAGAGAGUGAAGCGCCAAUUGCACGCAGAGGACCAGAAGAAGAAGAAGUCGCUGCGCAGUUUCUUCCAAAACGGGUUUGGAGACAAUUAA